AUGGCUCCAACCAUAGAAGAGCUCGACGUGAUAGCUCGCACGUUCUACGAAGGCGGAGGUGAACCUCAGCGGCGACAAGCUGCCCAGGCUCAGCUCAACCAGUUCAAGGAAGAUCCAGAUGCCUGGCUACUGGUCGACAAGAUCUUGCAGGAUUCUACAUAUCCGGAGAUGAAAUACCUCGGUCUGCAAGUCCUUGACCACGUUAUUAUGACAAGAUGGAAGGUCUUACCAAAAGAGCAGCGCCAAGGCAUCCGUAAUUUUGUCGUCAACUUCAUCAUACAGUGCUCGACCUCCGAAGAAUCGCUCAAAUCCCAGCGAACCCUUUUAAACAAGCUCAAUCUCGUCCUCGUCUCAAUCCUUAAGCAAGAGUGGCCUCACAACUGGCCCACAUUCAUCAACGAAAUUAUUUCCUCCUGCCACACGAGUCUCUCGAUAUGCGAGAAUAACAUGGCUAUUCUACGGCUAUUGUCUGAGGAGGUUUUCGAUUACUCGGCCGACCAAAUGACCUCUACGAAAACAAAGAACCUUAAGACCACAAUGUGUGCGGAAUUCUCUUCGAUUUUCCAACUUUGCAACGAGGUUUUGAACAGUGCCACCCAAGUCAGUUUGAUCAGAGCUACAUUGGAAACUCUCCUCUGCUUCUUCAACUGGAUCCCACUUGGUUAUAUCUUCGAGACCCCGAUUAUCGAUACGCUUCGAACACGAUUUUUGGAGAUGCCCGAAUUCCGGAACAUAACACUCAAGUGCUUAACCGAGAUUGGGGGCUUGCAAACCGGUCAACAGAAUGCAUAUGAUGAGAAGCUCGUGCAGAUGUUCACCGAGGUUUUAACAUCAAUAUCCAAGAUCAUCCCUCUUUCCCUCGAUCUCAAAUCUACAUACACUUCGAGUAACUCGAGGGAUCAAGAGUUCAUCCAAAACCUUGCUCUUUUCCUCACUAAUUUCUUCAGUGUUCACCUAACCCUCAUCGAGAACCUCCCAAACCGAGAUUUCCUUACACAUGCCCACUUCUAUCUCAUUCGAAUCUCCCAAAUCGAGGAUCGUGAGAUCUUUAAGAUCUGCUUAGAAUACUGGACCAAGCUUGUUCAGGAACUCUACGAGGAGAUGCAAUCACUUCCCAUUACCGACGUUAAUCCACUCCUGAACAUGGGUGUUGGUGGGCUCUCGAACCAGGGAGCGCCAAAUCCGAGCUUGCUUGCCAAUUAUCCUCUCCGGAAACACAAGUACAACGAGGUACUUUCGAACCUCAGGGUCGUCAUGAUCGAGAAAAUGGUCCGGCCGGAGGAAGUAUUGAUUGUGGAGAACGACGAAGGAGAAAUUGUCAGGGAGUUUGUGAAGGAGACUGAUACUAUCCAGCUAUACAAAACCACUCGAGAGUGCCUUGUUUACUUGACACAUCUGGAUGUCGUGGAUACAGAGAAUAUCAUGACCGAAAAGCUUGUUCGCCAAGUCGAUGGCUCCGAAUGGUCAUGGGCAAACUGCAACACCUUGUGCUGGGCCAUCGGUUCUAUAUCGCUAGCGAUGAAUGAAGAAACUGAAAAGCGCUUCCUUGUUACCGUUAUCAAAGAUCUGCUUGGGUUGACAGAGAUGAAGAAAGGAAAAGACAAUAAGGCUGUGGUGGCCAGUAACAUCAUGUACAUCGUCGGCCAAUACCCUCGGUUCUUGAAAGCGCACUGGAAGUUCUUGAAGACAGUUGUCAACAAACUUUUCGAGUUCAUGCACGAAUCCCACGAGGGCGUUCAGGACAUGGCUUGCGACACAUUCAUUAAGAUUGCCAGGCAAUGCAAGAGGCAUUUCGUCGCUCUUCAACCCGGGGAGGUUGAGCCAUUCAUCGAGGAAAUUGUCAGAAACAUGCGCAAGAUCACAUGUGACCUUUCGCCACAGCAAGUUCAUACCUUCUAUGAAGCCUGUGGCUACAUGAUUGCAGCCCAGCCUCAAAAGAAUGCUCAGGAGAGACUCAUCGCGGAGUUAAUGUCUUAUCCCAACGCCGCUUGGGAUGCCAUAAUUCAACAAGCCACAGCAAAUCCCCAAGUCCUGCAAGACUCAGAUACGAUAAAAGUUGUCGGAAAUGUCAUGAAGACGAACGUGUCGGCUUGCUCAUCGAUCGGAUCUUACUUCUAUCCCCAGAUCGGUCGGAUCUACCUGGAUAUGCUAUCGAUGUAUCGCGCCACUAGUCAAAUGAUCUCGGAGGCUGUUGCUCGUGAAGGUGAAAUUGCAACCAAGAUGCCCAAGGUUCGCGGUUUAAGAACAAUCAAGAAGGAGAUCCUGAAGCUCAUCGAAACAUAUGUCGAGAAAGCUGAUGAUCUUGAGAUGGUUCGAACAAACAUUGUUCCAGCUCUGCUAGAUGCGAUACUUGUCGAUUAUAAUCGAAAUGUACCCAAUGCACGAGAUGCGGAGGUUCUGAAGGUGAUAUCUGCAAUCAUAUCCAAACUCUCUUCUCUCAUGGAAGAUCAAGUACCUACGAUCAUGGAAAAUGUGUUUGAGUGCACAUUAGAGAUGAUCAACAAGGACUUCUCUGAAUUCCCUGAGCACCGCGUUGAAUUCUUCACGCUGCUUCGCGCUGUUAACAUGCAUUGCUUCCCCGCUCUUCUCAAACUCGAUAACAGACAGUUCAAGUUUGUCAUCGACUCUUGCAUGUGGGCCAGCAAGCAUGACAAUCGCGAGGUCGAAUAUGCUGGUCUCAACAUGUGUCUAGAAUUGAUCACUAAUAUUGCGGAGGCUGAUCCCGCGACAUCAAACGCCUUCUUCCAGCAAUUCUAUAUACCCAUUCUGCAAGACAUCUUCUUCGUUCUUACUGACACGGAUCACAAAGCUGGUUUCAAAUCGCAGUCCAUGUUAUUAUCGCGCAUGUUCUACCUCGUUUCUCCUGCCGAUGGAACGGCGGCUAAAAUCCAGGGACCGAUAUACCCUCCAGAUCAGGCGGCUGCCGGUACCAGUAACAAGGAAUUCUUGGGUGGCUUCGUGGCAAACUUGUUGCAGAAUGCUUUCCCUAACCUGCAACCAACUCAAAUCAAGGCGUUUGUGGAGGGCCUGUUUACUCUCAACAAUGCCUACGAUCGAUUCAAGCUUAACCUCCGCGAUUUCCUUAUCCAAUUGAAGGAAUUUGCGGGAGAUAAUGCUGAGCUGUAUGCAGACGAAAAGGAGCAACAAGAGAGAGAUGCUAAGGCGGCGGAGCGCGAACGCUUGUCUAAGGUUGGCGGCUUGCUGAAACCCGCUGAGCUUGAUGAUGAUGAGUUGUGA